GUGUGACUGUUUUCAUUUCUCCGACAGCUGCCUGAAAUCGACAUGGCAGAUAUAGAGACAGUGAAACGUCAGUUUGAAGCAGUUCUACAUAAUGUCUCAGACGACGUCCGGUCUCAAUUUCUAAGCUGGAUCAAGAAUAAAAUAAACUCAGGUGAAUGGGGAGAUGUGACAAGGGAGAAGAGUAACGAAGAUGUCAUGUUGGAGAGCAUUCAGAGUGACCUGCGGUCAGAGCUGCCGGUCAAUGCUGUGUCACACACAGAGAACAUCCACUUCCCCCAGACAGGACCAAAUGCCGACUGUGAUCCGAGCACCACUGUGCACGUGGAUGCCUUCUUGUAUGACGAGGAUGCCAUAGAUGACCUGUGUGAGGAUGGCAAGAUGAGCAGGAACUACUGCACACGAUGUGGCUCCCAGGAGGUCCAGCCUCUCACCUUCAUCACACACUCAGCAUCAGCAGCUCAGGUGAAAUACAUCUUAAACUAUGCCCUGCCUGACCUCAGUGGGAAGAAUGUGCUGGAUGUGGGGUCUCGGAUACAUGCAGUGCUGUAUGGGUACAGUGAAUCAUUUACAUGCAUCUGGUACUGA